AUGUGUCAAAUCGAAUCCCUCGCGCUCACAGUGAGCAUUCAAUCACAACUACUCAGCAAGGCCUGGCAUGACAAUGAGGUUCAUAGUCUCUCAUCAUGCGCCAGCAAGAAUCGAACAACUGUUCCCAAGCUGGAUGCUGCCGGAGAGCAAGCACGAAAUCAACUCAUCGCUAGUCUAAGGCAUCUAGAACAACUCGUCCUGGGUCCCAAGGAUGCUAUGCAGAGUUUAUACUACCGUAGUGCAGAAGCAGGCGUCGUCCAGGCAUUAUGUCAACUUGAAGUACCUCAGUCAGUACCUUUGGAAGGCUCAAUAUCUUACACCGACCUGUCUACCAAAGUUGGCGUUUCAGAGGAUCGUCUCAAGCACCUGAUCCGUAAUGCCGCCGUAUGUUCAAACUAUCUGAGAGAAACCGAAAAUGGAGAGGUGGCCCACAGCCCAAACUCGUCCAUCUGGCAACUCGAUCCCAUGAUGGCCAACGGUAUGGAGGUGAUGCUCAACCACCUGCCUUCCUCGUCUUUCAAAUUAGGUGAAGUAUGCACACGGGAUCCCAAUGACGAACAAGAGAAAGUCGAUGGAUUCAGUCUUGCACGCGGAGCUCCUCUCUUCGAGUAUCUCGAGACGAACCCCGACCAAGGUCGACGGUUUGCCGCUCAUAUGCGCGCCCAAGCUGCACAAUCCGGCGACGAAGCCAUUCAGGAGUGUUAUGAUUGGGAUUCCGUAAAGGGAAAGACAUUGGUUGAUUGUGGAGGUUCGUUCGGCUCUGUCGCCACAGCCAUUGUCCGCAAAGCCCCAGGCGUGAAGUGCAUCGUUCAGGAUCUCCCCAAGGUCAUCAACUCUGCCAUUGCCGUCACAGCCAAAAACCCAAACUUCCCCCAUGACUCUGUUUCAUUCCAAGCACACUCCUUCCUCGAGCCCCAACCCAUAGUGGCAGAUCUAUACCUGUUCCGCAUGGUCUUCCACAACUGGUGCGACCAAGGCGCCCGCCGCAUCAUCAAAGCUCUUCUACCAGUCCUCAAACCCGGUGCACGCGUAAUUGCCAUCGAGUACGUCAUGCCUCCCAUCGGUAGUGCACCCAUCUACGCCGAACUUGCGACCCGGCGAUUGGACAACGUCAUGUACAGCCUGAUGAAGGGCAAGGUCCGCGAAUUGGAAGAGUUCAAGGAUCUCUUUGCCAGCGUCGACACCAACCUCAAAUUCAAGAGCUUCCGACAGGGCGAGCUCAAGGCCACUCACGAUCCAAAGUGUCAUUCAGUCCUAGAGUGGGUUUAUGAUCCCGAGCCAGUUGUCGCAGGUGAGCCCGUGGUCGUCGCCGAGCCAGUCGCUGCUAUGACGAAAGCUGAAGUCCCUUCAUUGCCGGUCCUCGAUGUAGCUGCUGUCGCGACAACUCAACAUGUCGACGCUGAGAACGAGCCAUCGACUCCAGUUCUCAGCAGCCCUAGCGAGUCAUCCACAUCGUCACCGGGGGUUGUCGAAGUUCGGGACGCCCAAAUGGCCAGAGAGGACAAGAAAAUGGCAGACAUAUCAGUCCAGGAGAUUAGACAGUCCCCUGACUCUCCUGUCCAUUUGUCGUAG